GCUGAGCUGCCAUGGCAACGGCGGCAUCAGCAGAAGCUCAGUUGAGCCGCCGGUUAGCGCGCUGCUCGUUAGUUAGUUAGUUAAUCGGUUAACUAGUUACACGUUUAACCAGCUAGUUAACACGGGUCACCUGGUCGUUACGUCAUGAGGGGUCGCGUGAGGUCAGCGGUGACAGCGUCAUGACUGUUCGCUUCAAGGUAAACACCCACAGCUGUUAGCUUCAGCAACAGGUUAGCAUGAGAGCUAACAGGCGCACACAGCAGAACUGUGGUCGUGGUUCUGACUGAGUGACCGGGAGAUGUAGAGGUAGUGAACCGGGGAGAGCGACCUGUUUACCGGACAGAAGCAGACAGAACACCGCAGAGUCCGGAUUAAUGUGAGUUAAUCUGACCAGAGCUAAUCCAGCUGGUCAGGGACGGAUGGGUGGAUGGGUACAUUGUCGGAGUGAAUACCAGAAGAGCUACAGGGUUUCCCGCUCCAGGAGUGUGUCUCCUCAGCGCUGCGCCCCAUUGGCCGGCCUCCGCUCCGACCAAAUGAGAAUCUGCAGAGAACCAGGUCUGCAGCGUCGGAAGAGACUGGAUCCUGGAGGACUCACUCUGUCCUGCACUUCACUGCCCUGUGCGUCAGACCCACAGCGCCCCCUAGCUGCUCCGACUGCUCACACGCACAAUAAAGUGCCCUCUAAUGCCCCUCGGAGUCGCUCAGCCCACAGGAAGGAUCCUUCCCCAAAACCUCCUACGCCUCCUGAAUCUCCAGCAGAACCAGAACCUCCAGAAAGAUGUUCUGCAAACUCUGGAUCAUCAGGAGAACCGGGAGCGACUGGAAAAUCAACAAAGCUCCACCCCUCGCAGCUCCACAGCCAAUCACAGGCCCGCCGCCCCUUGUCAGCGGCACCUGACGGACGGCAGCCCUCAGCCAAUGAGGUUGAACAAGCCCUGCGCUGGAGGGCGGGGCUGAGGUCAGCAGGUCAAAGGUCAGGAGGUCACCGGACAGAGUACCACCGACAGUUCAGCUGGAAGAAACCUGUAACUUCUGCUUCACCCAUACUGACGGCAGAACAGGUGCUGUAUUCCAGCAGCAGGUCUAUCCCCCCCUUUAAGAAAAACCCAGUCUCCAUGGAAACCGAGUAUCAGCAAAACUUCCAGGGUGUGGCCCCUCCCACUGGACCCCCCCUUCUGAAACAUCUGGAACAUCAGCGAAUCCCACUGUUCCACACGUACACGAGCAACAAAAAGAGGAGGGAGGAGUCUCAGAAGAUGCUCCGCCCCAAACGCAAUGACCCCGCCUCUCAGGAAGAUGACAUCAGAACUCCUCCUCCUCCUCAGGUGCCGGGAGGUCACAGAACGUUAACAGAGUAUCAGUCCAGCUUUCGUUCUCCCCUCUACAGGAUCCCAGAAGAAGGCGGGGCCAUGGAUGGUGACACCCCUCAGGUGACGGAGCUGAGGCAGCGAGCGGCGUCGUACCGCAGCCGAGCCUGGGGAACCAACUUCUGCAGAGAUCACCUGAGCCAGCUGCAGUCUGAACACAACGCUCUGUGGGAGCCCACGGACUCGUCCACCGACCCCCCCACCCCCCGCCUGACCUCUGACCUGGGCCAGGAGCCCGACAGCCGCAGCACUUCCUGCGUGGAGGCUCUGGACCUGGCCAGCCGCUCCUGUGACUCCAGUCAGAGGUCGUCGGUCGUGGGCUCAGCAGAAACACACAAUACAAACAAAAACACAAAAACAAACGCACACACACCUCCAGCGGAAAGACGUACAGCGUGGAAGGAGGAAGAGGACGAAGAAGAAAGUGAAGACGAGGACGAGGGGAGGUUACCAACUCCCAGGCUGAAGAUGAGACCAGUUCAAAGAACUCACCACGACCUCACCACACCUGCCACAGGAGGCGCUAUACUAGUGGGAACAGUGAAGAGCAGCGAUCUGAACAAACAGAGGUGCGGGUCAGUCGUUUCCGUGGCAGCGGCGCUCGACAUGCCAAUCAGACAGAUGGAGGCGUGGUCGGAGAAGAGUCGCCCCCACCGCCCGUCACCUGGCCCCUCCCCCGACCCCAAACCAGCCUCUAAACCAAUCAGGACGAAGCAAACGCCUCCACCCACGGUAGCACCGCCCCUUCAGCUCCCCCCCGCGCUGCACUGCAUCCAGGGAACGCUGAGACACCCCGACUUCCAACACAACGGUGAACUGGGUUCCAGGUUCAUGGAGCUGCAGAGUCCAGGAGCCGAUGAAGACGACCGUCUCUCAGUGAUGUCAUGGCGUUCGGCCGCCUCGUGCUCCGCGGCGUCCGUCGUCCUGGAGCGCGCUCAGAAGAGACGAGAGAGCUUCUGGGGGAAGAGAUGAUGACCCCCACACACUUCUCUCAAGGUCACCGCUGUCACCAUGGAAACCAGCGUGUUGUUCGUAGAGCUCAGUGGAUAUUUUUCUAUGAUGUAACAGAUCAAUUAAAAACAGAAUAUUUUAUGUCUAGAAUCAAGUAUUUUUAUAGUUGAAUUAAUUUAAUUGUUAAUUAUCUUAUCGCAGUUUUGUAGUCGGUGUUUUGAUGAACGUAACGAUCAUGUGAAGUUUGUGUUUAUGUUGUGUUACUUUGCCGAGAUUAAAGAGACACGAACAUCAA